UACAGAGCAGAAACUAUCGUGUUCAAGGGAUUUUUAUGACAUUUUAGCUAAGAUUUAACCUGUUUUUGAGGCUCUGAAACGUUCUAAAAACAUUCAGGAGAGUUUUGAAAAACCGGACGGCAGGCGAAAAUACUUUUACCCCGAAGAAAAAAAUGGGUGCCUGCUUGAGCCUGGACUCUGAAGAGAGAAAGGCUCGAAUGAGGAGUGAUGAGAUCGACAGACAACUUCAGUACAUGGCCAAGGAGGACAGCUCCGUCAUCAAGAUAUUACUACUAGGUGCAGGAGAGAGCGGUAAGAGCACGUUGGUGAAACAGAUGAAGAUUAUCCACAGCCAGGGAUUCUCUCAGGAGGAGCUCAACAGCUUUAAGCCCACCCUGAUGGACAACUUACUGAGUACCAUGAAGUUUGUGCUGAGUGGGAUGGGACUGCUCCGCAUCAACCUGGCCAACCCUAACAACAAGAUCCAUGCGCAGACAGUCCUGUCGUCCAGACGGGGUUUCGGGGAGGACCAGGUGAUGUUCCCGUUCGUGACCCACGCGCUGCGCUGUCUGUGGAGUGACCAGGGCGUCCGAUUGGCCGUCGCCCGCGGUUACGAGUACGAGCUCAACGACUCAGCGCUGUACUUGUUUGAGAACAUGGACAGGAUUUGCCAUGAGAAGUUCCAGCCGACAUCAGAAGAUGUGAUCCGGGCCCGAGUCAGGACCACCGGCAUCCUGGAGACUGAGUUUGCCAUCAGUGGCAUCAUGUUCAGGAUGUUUGAUGUGGGAGGUCAGAGGUCGGAGAGAAGAAAAUGGAUCCAGUGUUUUGACGAUGUCAAAGCCAUCCUGUUUGUCACAGCGUUAAGCGGUUAUGACAUGACCUUACUGGAGGAUUCCAAUGUGAAUCGACUAGAGGAAAGUUUGAGACUUUUCAGCUCAAUUUGCAACAAUCUCUUCUUCAAGGACACAUCCAUGAUUUUGUUCAUGAACAAAGUGGACCUGUUCCAAGAGAAGAUACUCAACUCAGGAAGACACCUCAGAUAUUACUUCCCUUCAUAUACAGGUGCAGAUUGUGACGUGGACUCUGCAGCUCGCUACAUCCAGCACAUGUUCCAGGCCUGUAACAAAAACCCCUCCAAGGUCAUCUACCCUCACUUCACCACGGCAACAGACACCAGCAACAUCCAGGUCGUCUUUCAGGUCGUCAUGGAUACCAUCAUCAGGGAAAACCUGGAGGCAGCUUCACUCUUGUAGCAGGACAGUUCAUCUCUGUUGGUAGUUACAUGUUUAAAGUUAAAACUUUUGA